CUGAAGGUACAUCGUCAGGGUAUGACUCAAGCGACUACUCCUCUGAUGAAGAUGCGAGCACAGCCUCCAUAUCAGGAUCUAGUACCAAAACUGCUCCAAUUCCACUCAACGGCCGCUCCCACACCUCGCAAUCCUCCAAUCGGGAUGACGUCAUGACGCUCAGAAGUACAGGAGACUUACAAGAUAGCCUCUCCCUCAUCCUCAACAUGCCAGAGAUGUGUGACGUCACCUUUCUCGUUGGGAAGGAGAAGGCUCCUUUUCAUGGAGUCAAGGCCAUAAUGGCUACACGUAGCAGGUACUUAUAUCAGCUGCUGCUCCAACACCAGAAGCAGUCCUCCUUGGAGCAAGACAAAACCAAAAAGAGCAAGACGAUCAAACACUCACCUUUUUCACGGAAACUUACCAUCACCAUUCCUGAUUACCAGACUAGGGAUUUUGAAACAUUCCUUAAAUUCGUCCACUCGGGGAAAGCUAACCUCGAUUUCAAUAAUGUGAUAGGUAAGUGCUCCGUGCUUGACGGGAAUAUUCAUUUGAAAGCAAAAGUAGGAACAAACUACAAAAUCAGGAUGGCAAAUCAAUAUAAAACAUAUUUGACCACAUAUUCACUCUAA